AUUCAAAAUUAAUAGUACUGUGGUGUAGUGUUGACAUUAUGUCUUUCUAUCUGCUUUCAAAACAAAAUUAAGUGACUGUCAUACUUUACUUCGGUUUAAAGUGUUUAAUUUGAGAACUAAACAAAAUGGACGAGAGCAUUAUUCAAGGCACAAAGGCAGAGAAAGAGGUGAGGAGGUCGCCUCGAAUUGCUGCCAUGCAGAGCCGAUCGGCAAGCAGAACGUCAUCAUCAAGUGGUAGUCUGGUCACGGUCGGGUCGAAUGACAGGGGAGUAAAAGUGAAACAGAUGGCAUAUUGGACAUCAUCAUCAUCCGCAGAAUUCACAAAUUGUUCACUUUUCUCACUGGACGAUCAAAUCGACUGUCCAAACAACAAUAUUUCCUCAUCAGUACAACGAAAAAACAGCAUAUCAAGCCCCAAGAAACCAAAAGACAUUGAGUUUGCUGUACCAAAGACAGGAAAAUCUUUUACAUUGAGAAAGAGAAAGAAAGGCGUAGAUGAAAGUUUGCGAUACAGCACUAUGGGCACAAAGAAAAGAAGGAAAGUGGACGAUGAUGACUUGGAUAACAUCAGUGUUAGCAGUUUUCAUUUUGGCAAGAGGAGUAAAGGCAGGGAUUCCCGUGAUCAUGGUGAUGGUGAUAACAUUAGUAUACAAAGCUACACAGCGGGUACCAGUACCAGACGGUCCCGUACGUUAACCAAAGUGACGUCACUAGCAACACUAGUGUCGCCCAUUUCAUCUGUAAAGAAAGUCGGACAUGCACUUCAGCGGUCAAUGAGCUUCAGGACGAGCCACUCUCCACCGUUCAACAUCAAACCUUACUGCAAACCAGUAGCCACACCAACAAAGAGACGAGACAGCACACUGUGGUCUGAGACUGUCCACAGUAAUAUCAACGAGGGACUAACCAAGAGACAGAUUAAGAGACAAGAGGCUAUCUAUGAACUGUUUCGUGGUGAAUUGGACAUGGUCGAUGACCUACGUCUCAUCAUGAAGACGUAUCGUGACUCGAUGAGGUCAUUGAGCAUGCUCAGUGAGCAGGAGUUGGAGACAAUCUUUGGACGUCUUGAAGAUCUGCAGCCGCUGCAUCAAGAUUUAAUAAGUGAACUGAAUAAACAAAGGAGUGCUGAUGGAACAACGGAUACAGUCGGCAAAGUACUUCUAGACUGGCUACCGACGCUAACCAACGUCUACACAGCCUACUGUGCCAACCAGCUGGCGGCUAAAGUCCUUCUGGACGAGAAGAGGCAAGACAAGAAAGUGCACGACUUCUUGGAGAGGUGUCUCGAGUCCCCGUUCAGCCGGCGGCUUGACCUGUGGAACUUCCUUGACGUACCACGACGGCGUCUCGUCAAGUACACACUACUCAUUCAGAAGAUACAGGAGUUGACGCCGAAUGAUCACCCGGACAAGUCUUACCUAGCACAAGCGUUGAAAGUAGCAGAAGGUGUUAUCCAGGAGGUGGACAGACGGACGGGAGAGAUGAAGUGCAGACAUUACAUCGACCACUUUGUGUAUCUCAGAGAUAGUCAGGAACAUCCUCUAAUCGCGGAGCAAAAAUCACUCCUCUGUGGUGGAGUCCUCAAGAACAUCAAAGGCAGAGGAAUGAAACUUCACGUGUUUCUCUUUGAAGACAUCUUGGUCGUGACAAGAAUAGCCACGCGAAAUGACAAGAAGAAAUAUCAGGUUUACGAGACCCCCAUCCCGGUCAGGCAUAUGCAGCUGGAGAAUCUUGAAGAUGGAGAGGUCAAGCUGGGAGGCUCAUUCCGAAGUUUGACGGGCGGCCAAACAGUGAAACACGCCUUCAGAGUCAAAUCAAUCGACCCCGAUCUCAAGCAGUCGUUCACUUUCUUCGCCUCCGAUGAACACGACAAAAAACAGUGGGUACAACUCUUCAGAUCUGCCAUCAGGACGUCUUCAACACGGGCUGCCACUGAAGUCUAAACCACCCAAACAGACAAAUCCAAAAAAGCAUUCAUUUGUGAACUCUCGCUGCAAAAUUUACUAUAACGAGUCACAUUGGACCGGUCUUUAUUGACAUGGUCAAAAGCUGAUGAAGAAUUGGGCUGAGAUUAUACCAACUGGAGGAUGGCUGAAAGCUUUUGAGUGAUGAUUGAAAGAUUGCAGUCGGGUCAGUACCGAUGGCCAUAUACAGUGGUAGUAUCCAAGAUGCAGGAGUUGCAGGAAGAAGUGCCUUAGUUGGAGGUCUCUCGUUCUCUGAUGUUACGCCAGUACCAAGAUGCUUAUGCAUCAGGGAAAAACCCAACCAGAAACAGAAGAGUAAACAACUCCGAAACCGAUGUUGACUACAAAAGAAAGUGGCUGGUUCACUUCCUGGCCGUCAGCAUCGAUAUUUAAACAUGGCGGAUCUGGGGAGAAACUAUUGAACCCUUGCACGCACGUCACACGCUGCGACUGUGCCCUGCUCACCAUAUUUGGUGGUCAAUAGGUUUACCUGACUGUUAAAGCCACGUCGCCUAAAUGCGCACUUCACUGAUUUGCCUACAGUGACAUUGACCACCAAAAUGGCGCAUCCAAGAUUAUUCUGACGUCAGGUGAAUUGGGUCAAUAGAAGUGAAGCUGUUGAUCAGCUAGUCAGUUGUCAUGGUAACAGAAAGGCAGGGGUUGGCCUUAAACUAGCCAUUGAAGAAGAACAGAAAAACUUGCAGGUUUUGUCUUGUGAAGACCAGGCAGAAUUUGUUUCCUUUUGUGCUUUAACCAAAUAAAACUUUAAUGACCAUAUGAAGUUAUUGUAAUUGUGAUUGCAUCCUUGACACAAUGUUUCUUAAAAAAUACCCCCCUCCCCAUCCCUCUCCCCUCCCUCCAUCCCAGGUGUGGAAAUUGUUUCUUUUGAAGCAGCCUUACUUAAAAAAUAAUGUGGAAAUGACAUCAUUUAAGCUAACUAUGCGAUCAUAUAUAUGAAGCAUGUUAAUUUAGUAUAUGAUGUCGUUUUUUUUAAUAUUUAUUUUGGUAUGAAGGAUAGACACCUAUGAGGAUGUAGUAUUAACAUUCCAAAUGCAACACUUCGAGCGGCUUUCUAGACCAAAUUACCAUGGUCCGUAACUCAUUGAGCUACUUAAACACACGCUCGUUUAGCACAUAAAGAAAAGUUAGUGCUAAAACGCGAAGAAAUGUUUAUGAACUGGUCCAAUGCUAGUGAUGUGCUUGGCAACUUAAAUGAAGCAAUUUAAAGGUGUAAGACACUAUUGGUAAUUACUAACAAAUUUGUUUGCAUAAAAACUUACUUGGUUACGAGCAAUGGAGAG